AUGAUGUAUAAUGUGACAAAACUAACAAUAUUCGCUUUUCUUGCUUUUUUUCUUUAUUUUAUUUUUCUAAUUUAUGACACUUUUUUGAGUGUUCCCUAUUUUAUAUCAGAGGUUUUUCUUUUCUUUUUUUUUGUUCAAAAAAUAUCUUGAAAUAAUUUUCAGCCUCAAAAUUAUAUAAAAAUAUGUAAAGGUAUUCAACCGCCUGAUCCUUGGGAUAAAUCAAUUCUCAAAUAUCAUGAUUUUUCGGAAAUUGAGCCUUUGAAUUGCUCCAAAUCACGAGUUCAACCUGAACUUUCUUAUCUCGAAAAUGGUUUUUUGUAUUUGAAUUUGACGGAAAACAUUGAAUGUUUAUAUCGAAGUUAUGAAAAAUCGAAAAAAGACGAUGACAAACUAAAUUAUUCGGAAUGGUAUUCAAUUUCAACAAUUCCAAUUAAAAUUAUGGAUGAAUUUAUUGAAAUCGAAUGUCGAAAAACAACAUUUCCUAGAUCGAAAAUAUAUUCAAAUAAUCAUUUUCAAAUUUUAAAAAAGCCGGAAAAUGAGAAAUCGGAGGAAAUUGGAGAAUCUGUUUUGAUUAUUGUUUUGGAUUCAGUUUCACAUUCAAAUUUUAUUCGAAAUAUGAACAAAACAUUAAAGGUUAGUCUGAUGAAAAGUUAAUUGAAAGAGAACAAAAAUGUAGUAUAAAAAACGUGACCUUUUUUAAUUUCCGAAAAAAGAAAUGUGACUUUUUGUUUGGAAAAAAAGGAAGAAAACGAAAUGAUUUUUGAAAUUUGAGAAAAUGGGUUACGGUUAAAAAUUAUUAUAAGUUUUUUGGAAAAUACAAAAAACUGUGCUAAAAAUUGGGAUCACAUCAUUUCUGAAGAAGUUCGCGGCUUCUUGAUAACUAGGAUCUCUAGGUACUAAUCCUUGACAUUUGAAAUUUCUAGGCUUGGCUGCUUGAGAUCGAAGCUCUCAAGCCACGGCUCCUUGCCAGUUCUGUUCUCUAGGCACUGAUCCUUGACAACCUUUUUGUGCUUGAAGGACCCAAUUGAGUUAAACGUUUUGUGGUCCCAUUCAGUAUCCCUCUCUAAUUUUUGAAACUCAUUGAAAAUAUUUUCAGGUUUUGACAGAAAAUUACAAAACUCAUAUUUUUAAUGGAAUGACUAAAGUUGGAGAUAAUUCAUUUGAAAAUGCAGCUGCUUUUUUUGCAGGUUCGUUUUCUCUUCUUCUAAAUUAUCUAACUAAUUUAUUUUUUCAAUAGGAAAAAAUUCAAGCGAAUUUCCAACGAAACAUGGAUUUUUCGAUGAAUAUCAAAUGAUUUGGGAUAUUUAUAAAAAUCAAGGAUUUUCAACAUUAUAUGCUGAAGAUUAUCCACAAUUCAAUUUAUUCAAUUAUUUAGCAAAAGGUUUCAAGAAAAAGCCAGUUGAUCAUUAUUUUCGACCAUUUUGGUUGAAUGUUUAUGGUUCGAAUAUUCAUCGACGAAGUCGUUAUUUAUGUUAUGGCAAUCAAAAAAUGCAUCAAUUACAAAUAUCGUAUAUUUCUCAAUUUAUAAGUUCAUCUAAAAAUAGGAAAAAAUUGGGAAUUGGCUGGUUUACUGAACUCGGUCAUGAUUGGCUCAAUCAAAUACGUUUAGGUGAUCAAGAUUUUUCGCAUUUUUUUCGCGAAAAUCAAAAAAAUCUUGAGAAUUAUUGGAUAAUUGUUAUGGCUGAUCAUGGACAUCGAUUUGAUCGAAUUAGAAAAACUAAAAUUGGAAGAAUUGAAGAAAGACUGCCAUUUUUCUCAAUUUCAGUUCCAAAACAAAAAAGAGGAAGUGAUGUUGACAGAAUACUUGGAGACAAUCAAAAUGUAUGUUUUUCAAUUUCAUUUUUAAACAUUGAUCCAAGGUUUUUUUAGAAACUAGUUUCAUUUUGGGAUGUUCAUAAAACUCUAAUAGAUUUAUCUGGUUUUUCCUCUUCAAAAACAGAAUAUUCUCGUGGAAUAUCUCUUCUAACUUCAAUACCAGAUCGAUCGUGUCAACAAUCAGAUAUUCCCGAAGAAUUUUGUGUUUGUCAAGAUGAGCCCGAAUUAUCAAUCAAUUCUCCAACUAUUUUAUUUUUGGCCGAAAAAAUUGUUGAAUUUAUCAAUGAGAAAAUUGAUCGAACAAAAUGUGCCGAAAUGAGUUUGUCACAAAUUUUGAGUGCAACAAUUGUUGAAGAACAUCGAAAAUAUCGAAUUGGAAUUGAAGUUCGACCAAGUAAUGCACAAUUUGAAGCAGUUAUAGAUAAAAAUGGAAAAAUAUUCGGAGAUAUCAAUCGAAUUAAUAAAUAUGGAAAUCAAUCAAUUUGCAUAAAAGAUAAUCAAUUUUUGAGAAAAUUAUGUUUUUGUUUACAAUUUUUGGUAUGA